CGGCUCUUUCGUGGUGGAGGCGCUCUAGGCCCAGCAGCUGCGCCUCUAUGGCGCGGGGCGGCGCUUGUUCCUCAUAGAGAAGCCUCCGCCGCUUCCUCUCUUCCGGGGUGGGCGGGAGGCGGCUGUGAUGAUGGCGGACGGGGAAGGCGGCUUAGACCCCGAGCCCUGCGCUCCUCACCUGGAGGCGGAAGGCGAGGCCGCUGGGGACAGCGAGCUGGACUCCGGGCUGCUCCUGGACACCGACGGCUACGUCCUGUACAGGGAUAGGAAGGAAUGGGCUGAUGUUGAGCCAGUACCUCAAGAUGAUGGGCCAAAUCCAGUAGUCCAGAUCAUAUAUAGUGAAAAGUUUAAAGAUGUAUAUGAUUACUUCAGGGCUGUUCUGCAAUGUGAUGAAAGGAGCGAAAGAGCUUUCAACUUAACGGGGGAUGCCAUUGAUCUUAAUGCUGCGAACUACACUGUGUGGCAUUUCCGCAGGGUUCUUCUGCAGUCCCUGAACAAAGAUCUACACGAGGAACUCAAUUAUAUCACAGCUAUCAUUGAAGAUCAGCCAAAGAAUUAUCAAGUCUGGCACCACAGACGAGUGUUGGUGGAGUGGCUGAAGGAUCCAUCCCAGGAACUUGAAUUUAUAGCAGACAUUCUUAACCAGGAUGCCAAGAACUACCAUGCAUGGCAGCACAGGCAGUGGGUCAUUCAGGAAUUUAAACUGUGGGACGAUGAACUGGAGUAUGUGGAACAGCUCCUGAAAGAUGAUGUCAGAAACAAUUCUGUCUGGAACCAAAGAUACUUUGUCAUUUCAAACACAACUGGUUAUAACGACCCUGCUGUUUUAGAGAGAGAAGUCCAGUUUACCCUAGAAAUGAUCAAGAUGGUGCCCCAUAAUGAAAGUGCUUGGAACUAUUUGAAAGGGAUCCUGCAGGAUCGUGGCCUUUCGAAACAUCCAAACCUCUUAGGACAGCUACUGGAAUUGCAGCCAAGUCAUAGUUCCCCCUACCUGAUUGCCUUUUUGGUGGACAUAUAUGAAGAUAUGCUGGAAAACGAGUGUGAAAACAAGGAAGAAACUCUCAGCAAAGCAUUAGAGCUAUGUGAAAUCCUGGCUAAAGAAAAAGACAUAAUUCGGAAGGAAUACUGGAGAUACAUUGGGCGGUCCCUUAAGAGCAAACACAGCCCAAGUGAGGAGCAGAAUGUGCCAACUUACGAUGAUCCGCAGUAACUCCAUGUUAAAGCAGGAAAGAAUAUGACAUUCUGCUCUGGGUGAACUACAAGAACUUUAAGAGUGGAGUUAGCUAGGCAGGCAAUGAAACAGAGUGAUGUUCUCCACCCCUUCCCAAAAUAUGUUGCAGCUCUACAUUACUACAGAGGUAUUGCUUCUAAUCUCACCAGGAGUGUAAGGCACUCUCCAUAACAUACUGACCCCUGGUUACUGCUGCUGUACAGAUUAACUGUGGGGCGGUCCAAAGCACUGUGCAUUUUAAAAAACACUUAGCAAUUACUUGAAUUGUACCAAAUAAAGGAAUUGUUUUCUUCAUUUUAUGUGAAUAAUGCUGUACUAGUGAUUUUAAUGCCCUGAAUUGGUUCCCAGUCUUGGCCUCCACAGAGUGGCCCCUGUUCUCAUAAUGCAAGCGCGUGUAAGAUUCUGAAAGUAUUUGAGUUGGAUUGCAGAGUCCUCGUUUACAGUGGAUUUAUGGAGUAACUUAAUUUCAGUUACUUGAAGGAAUGAAGUUGUAUAUCUGAGCAGCUAUGCAACACUGACGUGUGUUUUCAUUGUAUCCAACUAAUGCCAUCAAUAAUUUGUAUUAAAAGAUAUAGAACUUGUACAAGGA